AUGAAGAGAACACCAUGUGAGAAGAGAGUGAGAGAAAUUGUGAAGAGCGGAACGUUCAAGCUUAUAGGUGAGAUGGAUGGAAUUUUAGCAUUUGAGCGAGGAGUUUUUGGGUUUAAAGGCGAAUUCGAAGACAAAACGAGAAUCCCUGAAAUGAAAAUUGAUUUACAAGCGUUUACGACACCUCUUGAUAUUAAAAAAACAUCAAAUGAGUCUCAAACUAUGCCGCAACCACUUGAAGUUAAUGACAAACUUCAAAGCAAAAUCGAAGCAAAAAGUGAUGACAAAAAAAGUGAUGCCGAAAUUAAACCUGUUAAUUCUGUGGACAAAAUAACAAGCCGCGUCAUAACAACAUUUGAGGAGUUGGUUGAUAACAUCAGUAAGGAUAGUCCUACUGAAGAAAAACAACAGGAAAGUGAAGAGAAAGUGCAAAAUAGUAAAAAUGAUAGUAUCCAAACUAUUCAACUAAACAUUCCAGAGAAUGGUAAAUUAGAUAGUAUAAAAACUAUAAAUGUAACACUACCCAAACCAGACGAAAAUAGUAAAAUUGAUAGUAACGAAAUUAUAAAAGAAACUAAAGAGGAAAGUGACAAGAAGACGACAGAAACCAGCUACGACCAAAUCUAUGAGAUAGAUAAGUCUAUCGUUGAUCUGCUUGACAACUUUAAUUGGGACAUUUGA